AUGAGUUCUUGUUUAGAAGCUGAGCAUAGUCCAAUCUUCGUUAACGGUCCGAUCGUGGUCGGUGCCGGUCCGUCUGGUUUAUCAGUAGCGGCUUGUUUGUCAAACCGAGGCGUGCCAUCGGUUAUACUCGAGAGAACCGAUUGUUUAGCUUCUUUAUGGCAAAAACGUACCUACGACCGUCUUAAGCUCCAUCUCCCUAAACACUAUUGUGAGCUUCCUCUUAUGGAAUUUCCUAAAAACUUCCCAAGAUACCCCUCCAAGCAACAAUUCAUCACUUACAUUGAGUGUUACGCCGCCCGGUUUAAUAUUAAACCGGUAUUUAACCAAACCGUUGAGAAAGCCAAGUUCGAUGUCGUGUCUGGUCUAUGGAAGGUGAAGACGCAAGACUGUGUGUACACAUCCAAGUGGCUAGUGGUGGCGACAGGGGAGAACGCUGAACCGGUGGUACCAGAUAUACCCGGGUUGAAGAAUUUUUAUGGACCGGUUGUUCACACCAGUGCGUACAAGUCCGGUUCGGAGUUUGCAAACCGGAAGGUUUUGGUGGUUGGUUGUGGGAAUUCCGGUAUGGAGGUGUGCUUGGAUCUUUGUAGAUACAAUGCUCUGCCUCAUAUGGUCGUUAGAAACUCGCUACAUGUAUUACCAAGAGACGUUUUUGGUCUAUCAAGUUUUGGAAUAGCAAUGACACUACUGAAAUGGUUUCCCCUAAAGCUGGUGGACAAUUUUCUCCUGCUUCUUGCUAAUUCCUCUCUUGGCAAUACCGACCGGUUAGGCAUCCGACGACCUAAAACCGGACCAAUUGAGCUCAAGAACGCCACCGGAAAAACUCCGGUUCUUGAUGUCGGCGCCAUAUCUUUGAUACAAUCCGGUCAAAUUAGAGUAACGGUGAAAGCAAUAACGAAGAAGGGAGCAAAGUUUGUGGACGGGCAAGAAAUGGAGUUCGACUCGAUAAUAUUAGCGACCGGGUAUAAGAGUAAUGUACCCGACUGGCUCGAGGAAAAUGGUUUUUUCACAAAAGAAGGAAUGCCAAAGACGCCGUUUCCUAACGGAUGGAAAGGAGAGAAUGGACUUUACACGGUGGGCUUCACGAGAAGAGGGCUCUUGGGAACGGUCUUUGACGCCGUUAAGAUAGCGGAGGAUAUAACCGACCAGUGGAUGAAAUCUGAAGGUCCGUUGAGUGCUAGUAAUAUUUGUAGUUCAUGGGGAACCCCUAGUCCAUGUAUCGUCCACUUUCAUUUCAAUAAAUCAUAA